UUCCCUUCCAAGUGUUCCUUCUCCCCCCACCACGAACAGUCAAUAUGGAACAGAAUUACGAAGCAAACACGUAUCUGGCGGUCACUCUCGCGCCUAAUUCUCCUUACAACCAAUCUCCAGAGGCUCUUUCGACUAUUCAUCCUCUGAUCACCCAUGUCGGUCAAGUAGGAUCGCUGGAUGACGUACAAAUGUUGAGUGUACCGAAACAGGAAUGGGCACAGCGGGGCGAGGAAGUGUUGGCAUCGUUGAAGGCCGCUCAGGGUAUUCAUCGAGUCGAUGUUCAGUCGCUGAGGCAGAGAUCCAAGAGAGAUGAGCUCUGAUUGUACUUGUUCACGUUUGGUAGAGGCAUCACUUCAUUCUUCAGCUAUUCGUUGCGAUAGAUUCGGUCUAGAAUGCUACCCUGUUACUGGAUGUCCGACCUAUAAUUUUUAUCAUGUACUAUCGAAUCGAGCUAUCGUUCUACUCCCUUGCUCUUCGCUGCGAAAGUGACACUCUCGGAAUUCUUGACGUCUCUUCUGCCUACGAUACUGGUGU